AUGCUUUCGCUAAAAGAGAAAGUACUGACUCAUGCAUUUGAUUGCUUUAAGGCAAGAACUGCUUUCAUCAUAUCACAGAAACAUCAUAUUGUUGAAAAAGAUGGACUAAAGUUCCAGUUCAACUUUUAUGAUCGAAGUGUUUACACCGGUGAUCAUCCUCCACGCGAAGAAUCCAAAGAUCCAUUACUUCCUCCAUAUCCGCCUCAUAUUUUGGCCACCCAUUUGCAAAAUGGAGCCGCUCACAACAUUCAAAUUAAUUUAUACUCAUUUAAACCAGGUCAUGUUGUAAUUUCUUCUGAUAAUCCAUCAGAUAGACAAGGUGAUCCAUUGAAUGAUACUGAUUUUCAUGCCUUUUCUCAAUUCUUAUUAGAUUUUGGAAACAAAGGCAUCGGAUAUUACAAUUCGGGAAAUGAAAGCGGAUGCUCACAGCUCCAUAAACACAUCCAAUAUAUUCCAACAGAAGAUUUUCCAAUUGCUGACGUAAUGUCAAAAGGCAAAAACCUCCCAUGGCUUUACUAUUCGAAGAAAAUAGAAUGGUUUUCUCCAGAAUGCGUAAAAGAUGCAUGGAAUGACUUAACAUCCCGAAUGAAAUCAGGAAAAUUUGGAGAUGAUAUCAAACAUUUUAACUUUGUUCUUACAAAACAUCAUGCAUUCUUAGUACCUCGUAAACAAGCUCGUCAUAGGCUUGGCAUUACUCUCAAUUCUUUGGGAGUUUGUGGUCAAUUUUUCACUUAUGAAGAAAAGUUCGAGUCAAUGAAAGACCAUCCAAUUGAUAUUGUUAGAGACCUUUGUUAUGCAAUAUAA